UCCUAAUAAUUGUCAUCCGAAGUGCCCCUCCAGAACCUUUUAAAUACUCCACGCGCUCCCAAGGUUCUUCUUCUUCUUCCCCCAAAGGUCCCCUUCCCAACCUCCAUUGAGCACCUUGCGAGAAUCAAACCAAUCCUACUUCAAUUCUAAUCCAAUCAAUUGCAAUCAUGCCUCUCUCUGGACACUGUCUCUGCAAGGCGGUUACCUACACCGUCGACAUCGAUGCCCCUCUGCUGACCGGCUAUGACCACUGCGAUGACUGCCAGCGGCAGAGUGGUUCUACCUACUCCCUGGUCGCUGUUGUCCCCAAGGACAAGCUGACCAUCAACGGCCCUACCAAGAGCUGGGCUGGCAAGGGCAGUUCCGGUAACGCCGUCCACCGUAUCUUCUGCUCCGAGUGUGGCUCGCCCAUUGCCCACGACCCCGAUGCGGCUCCCGAGAUUAUCGCUCUGAAGGCUGGUACUUUGGAUACUGAGAUCAAGAAGACUCUCAAGCCGGACACCGAAAUCUGGACUCAGAGCAAGCUGCCCUUCUGCCAGGAGCACCUCGCCAAGCCCUUCGAGGGUAUGCCUCACUAAAGUGUGAAUUGAAUUAUAUGUGCUGAGACGAUGGACAACUUCGGUCCAUUUCAUAGGAGGCUCAAUUGGCUUACACGGGAGAAAUCGAGGGGAAACAAUGAAAAUGAUUACAGGGUGGGGCUUUUGUCGAAGAGGUUUCAGCUUCCUGUUUUUAUGAUUAUGAUACAUGAUAUGAGAAAUUCAAUUGUUCAACAAUUUG